GAAGCUGUGAUCAGAUGUAACAGUGCAGAGGUUGCUGCUGCAGGGGAGGAGACAGCGUGAUUCCUAUGAUGUGUGUGCUAAAGAUCGUGUGAUUGUACAGCAGGGAGCACACAUUGGAGCACUGGAUUAAUACUACCUCAUCCUGCUCAAGACCUUCUAAGCAUUCAACAUGUCUUUUCUAUUCAACUGGAUAUACAGUGGUUUCAGCAGUGUGCUUCAGUUUCUAGGUCUAUACAAGAAAAAUGGAAAAUUAGUAUUUUUAGGGUUGGAUAACGCUGGCAAAACCACUUUACUACAGAUGCUUAAAGAUGGACGAAUGGGCCAGUAUGUUCCUACACUUCAUCCAACAUCAGAAGAAUUAACAAUUGCUGGAAUGACAUUCACCACAUUUGACCUAGGUGGACAUGCUCAAGCACGAAGAGUGUGGAAAAACUACCUCCCUGCGAUAAAUGGCAUUGUUUUCCUCAUCGACUGUGCUGAUCAGGAACGGUUGGCUGAAUCUAAGGUCGAACUUGAUGAAUUGCUAGCUGAUGAAACAAUCAGGAGUGUGCCAAUACUGGUUCUUGGCAACAAGAUUGACAGACCGGAGGCCAUCAGUGAGGAGAUAUUAUUGCAUACAUGUGGAAUUUAUGGUCACACAACAGGAAAGGGAAAAGUGCCUUUAAAGCAGUUAAAUACAAGACCCAUUGAAGUGUUCAUGUGCAGCAUACUGAAGAGACAAGGUUACGGGGAAGGAUUCCGCUGGCUAUCACAAUAUAUCAACUGAUGACUGACAAGUUCUGUACAUUGUAUUCUCUAUUUUAUUUAAUUUUUUUUGUCAGAUUUUGUAACUUUGUAAUUAAUUGAUGCCUGCAGUGAUAUUUCAGGCAGAUAAUCCAAUCCUUCAUACCGUGCAUUCGUUUUUAAAUUAGAGUAGUUAGAAUAAGAAUAAGACCACUAAUCAUUUGCGCUGUAAUAUAAAUCAUUAGCAGAAGUGGAACAUGUGCUCAUUAGUGUUGAGCAAAUCGAGCUAUGGAUCAUCGAUCCGAAGUCAAUUCGUUCCAACACUGUUUCUGUACAGCAUUAAAAUGUAUUGACUCCGUGGAGCCAAACCUCCUUUCUACCAAAGUCGCAUUUUCAGUGAAUGAAUUCGGUAUUAAUUUCUGCAUCUUGAAAAACAUUUAAAAUUAGGAAUCCAAAGUCGGGUUUGGUACCAAGGUUGGAUUCCAAAUUCCUAAUUCCUAAUUUCCUACAUUUUAUGCUGUACAGAGACAAUGUCCCAGACAGCAUUAAAACCAAAGUUUGAUCGAAUCACUUUGGAUGUAUGAUCUGAAGCUCAAUUCACUCAAUCCUAGUUAUCAUCAUGCUUACACACAUACCUAAAAUAUUAGUUAAAAUACUUAAUAUUAGGAUUCUAAAAACAAAACAAAAAAAACAGCCAUACCCUUAACAUUUCUAUGUUGAGGUACAGCAUUUUUAGACAGUUUUAGAAACUAUAGCAAGGAGUGGAUUCUCUAAUCCUAAAGAUGGCAUAAGCUUAGACAGACUGUCUAGACUAGAUUUAUCACAGGGAUCAGGCUGGAUGGUAAAUCUAGUUCAGAGAUAGACACUUUUACUCUUUACCAACUAUUGGUUGGCUUAGGCUACUUUCACACUGGUGUUUUGGUUUCCGUUUGUGAGAUCCGUUCAGGGCUCUCACAAGCGUCCCAAAUGGAUCAGUUUUGCCGUAAUGCAUUCUGAAUGGA